AUGUCCGCAGACUGCGUGUCUUCGCCGGCUCAGUCCUAUUAUAAUCUCUGCUGGCCGGAAAAACUGCCCAGAUUGACCAUGGCGGGAACAGUACCGAUGAAGAGAAUAAAGUCGGGAUCGCAGGGGCUCGAAGGGCUGAUUUUGAUUGUUAGAGGGUUAGGGAAAGAGUCGAACUGGGUACCAAAUUCGGUGCUGUAUUUGUGGAUGGGAAGACGGAAAUCCGUGGAGAUCCUGCUUAUUUGGAGUGAUCCUGGUGGCCCAGGGAUGUGGAAGAAGAGAUUGUCCCUACGGGCAGGUCGGCCAUUGAUGAUCACCCACAUCUUUCAAACUGGGAAAAAAGUUCACCGUCUCAUAUGUCUUCCGAGGUUUCAACCUGAGAAUUUGGAGCUCAACAAAGCCAUAUUCGAAAUUGCAACAAGGGAAGGAUGCACUCCAUCUCCGGUGGCACUUGCUUGGGUGCAUCACCGGGGAGAUGACAACAUGACGGUGAUUAGAUAUGGAGAAGGUAUAUUAACAUUUAAGGAUUCCGAUGCUCCACCUCUUUCAUCGUGGAAACCCAAUGGCAAAUAA